GAUUUAAAUUCUGUACUGGAUAGUUAGAAUCAAUGCUGUGAUACAAGCAUACAGUAGCGGUAGUUUUUAUAUUUUACAUUUAUGGUGAAAAUAUGAUAUUACAGACUUUCAGACCGGCUGUGGCCUUUCUUCGUAGCAGGAGCGCAUUAUCGAGACUUUACCAUGCAGAGAAAGUCGCGACACUGGGCUCCCAACCAGACAUGCAGUCUCCCGUGUAUCAGGAGAACUAUGAACAUAUGAAGGAGCUGGUCAAGGAGCUGAAAGACAGAGCAGGAAAGAUAAAGCUCGGUGGAGGAGAGAAAGCAAGGAAACUGCACACAUCCAGAGGAAAGCUUUUGCCUCGAGAGCGCAUUGACAGGCUGCUGGACCCCGGCUCUCCGUUUCUGGAGUUGUCCCAGUUUGCUGCUUAUGAAUUAUACGGGAAUGAGGAGGUGCCUGCUGGAGGAAUCAUCACCGGCAUUGGCAGGGUGUCCGGGGUGGAGUGUAUCAUAGUUGCAAACGAUGCAACUGUCAAAGGAGGCACCUAUUAUCCAGUUACUGUGAAGAAGCACCUUCGUGCUCAGGAGAUUGCACAGCAGAACCACUUGCCGUGUAUAUACCUGGUGGACUCUGGAGGGGCCAACUUACCGCGACAGGCUGAUGUGUUUCCUGAUAGAGAUCACUUUGGACGCAUCUUUUACAACCAGGCACGCUUGUCCUCAGAGGGCAUUGCCCAGAUUGCUGUAGUGAUGGGCUCGUGUACAGCAGGGGGUGCUUAUGUUCCCGCUAUGGCAGAUGAAAGCAUCAUUGUGCGCAAACAAGGGACCAUUUUUCUUGGUGGACCUCCACUGGUAAAAGCUGCUACAGGUGAGGAAGUCUCUGCUGAAGACCUUGGAGGUGCUGACCUUCACUGCAGAAAAUCAGGUGUAACUGAUCACUACGCCUUAGAUGAUGAUCACGCACUUCAUCUUGCACGGAAAGCAGUGCGGAACCUGAACUACCAGAAGAAACUGGAUGUUACUGUGGAACCUCCUGAGGCGCCGCUGUUUCCAGCUGAUGAGCUGUAUGGCAUUGUGGGAGUGAACUUGAAACGAAACUUUGAUGUCAAAGAGGUGAUCGCCCGUGUAGUUGAUGGCAGUAAAUUUGACGAAUUCAAGGCCUUCUAUGGAGACACACUGGUAACAGGCUUCGCACGGAUAUUCGGAUAUCCAGUCGGGAUCAUUGGCAAUAACGGAGUGCUUUUCUCAGAAUCGGCAAAGAAAGCAACUCAUUUUGUUGAGCUGUGCUGUCAGAGGAACAUUCCCCUGAUCUUCCUUCAGAACAUCACCGGAUUUAUGGUUGGGAGAGAUUACGAGGCAGGUGGCAUUGCUAAGGAUGGUGCUAAGAUGGUGACCGCUGUGGCCUGUGCUAAUGUGCCGAAGAUCACUGUAAUCAUCGGAGGAUCCUAUGGGGCUGGAAACUACGGCAUGUGUGGAAGAGCAUACAGUCCCCGAUUCCUGUACAUGUGGCCAAACUCGCGCAUCUCAGUGAUGGGAGGAGAGCAAGCAGCAAAUGUUCUGGCCACCAUUACUAAAGAUCAGAAAGCCAGAGAAGGGAAAGAGUUAACAGCAGAACAAGAGACUGCUUUGAAGGAGCCUAUUAUCAGACGAUUUGAGGAGGAGGGAAAUCCAUAUUACUCCAGUGCCAGACUAUGGGAUGAUGGAAUCAUUGACCCUGCUGACACACGCCUCGUCCUCGGACUCAGUCUGAGCGCUGCUCUAAACGCCCCCACACAGAAGACUCGCUUUGGCAUCUUCAGGAUGUGAAGCUACCGUUUCACUCCAUUUCUUGGGUUCUUUGAUGAGUCUGAAGAGAGAACGUUGUUCCUGUUCAUCACUGUUACCGGUUUGUCUUUAUCUGCUUGAUAUGAGCAGUAAAAUGGUUGGAAUCUUCAGUUGAGUUUUCGCUCUUAUUUCUUUAGUUUUUGAAAAUUUUCUAAUAUAUACAAUAUAUAAAAUAUAAAAAAAAUUGUAUAAUAAUUAUGUAGCAUUACUGAGCUGCUUUUUAAUGUCAAGUGUAGGACUAAAUUGAGAGGCUGCUUACUGAAUGAUAGUGAGGAGUGUUAACUGUUUGUUGGUGGUGGGGGGGUUAAGUCUUUAUUCGUGACCUGUACAUUAGAGCACAGUGAAAUUCUCUCUCUGUAUUCAACCCAUCUGGGGAUGCAAGCGCACACAUGUUCAGAUUCCGUUAUGGUCAGAUUAUUUGACACAUUUAUGAGGGUUUGGUUUAGUACAAAAUGCAAUGAGAUUUUUAAUAAUGAUUGCUGUACAUGAUAUAAGGCUACUUUACAAGUCUUGGCAACUCAUUCAAGUCAGUCUUAUGCCUGUAUCCCCACUGUGUGCAUCGAGACAAAAUGAUCAUAUCCAGAGAGGAGGAGAAACCGCAAAUGUGUCGCGUUUGAGCCAUCAAGCUGCAGAAAACAUUCAAACACAGGUCAGGUGUUAUAAUACAGUUCAGCUUUGGUACGCAUGACAGAACAGCAAUGGAAAAAACAACAAUAAAAACUCACUGAUAUUUCA